AUGAGUUCCACAACUGGUCAGGGGCGGCGGCCGGUGAUCGCGUCUUACCGGUGCGAAGAGCGUGUCUUUCCCGAGCUCCCCGCGACACAUCCCUUGUCGGUGCGGCGGCGUGAGGUGCAGCGCUUCCUGAAGGGUGACGGCACCCUUGGCCGCCGUGCGUGGAACCCUGCGACGAAGGACGAGCUGCAUCCUUUUCCGCAGCCCGCCCUCAACCACACCACUACUUGCUACAAUGGUGUCGACGUCGUUGCCACUCACUUCCCCGAGACAGUAAAGGGCACGGCGUUUCUGAAGAUGCAGGAGACGGUGUUUCCGGCGGUGUGGACGCACAACCGCGACCGGGCCUGCGCCUCUACAAAGCGUCACACAUAUCGGUGUGAAGCGCUAGAGCGUCAGGAAGCUCCCCUUAGCUUUCUGGCUACUGUCAUUCGCGAGGACAACAACCCCGAAAAGAGAUGCCGUCAGGAGGGGUGGUGUGCGGGCACGACGCUGGAGGGGUUCCGCGGCAACCGCCACGCCCUUCCCGCCGCCGAGGGCGUGUUUGACGCCACGGCCCACCGUGAACUAAACAAGACGCUAACGGCAAGGCUGAGCGGCGGGUAUGUGAAGCCGUACAACCGAGUAAAACAGCUGAACUCAUCGCGCAAAACGCAAAAGGAGCUGCAGCAGAAGGCGGCUGCCGAGAGCCUCAUCAGCCUCUACGCUUCUCAACCUGGUCCGGCAGCGUUCAAAAUGAGCAACGCUGACGAGUGGUGGGACAUCGAUCCUGUCGCUGUGACAGGCGACAUGAUGAAGCGCAUAGAUGAGAUUAAGGCAAAUCCAUACAGCACAAUCUUUCGUAGCAAUACCUUCGCGACCACACCACCCAGGCCACCGCAUGUAUAA